CGUCUUUAAGAUCGUAGUCAUCGAGAACCUGUAGAUCUGUUUCGUUGUCGACUACGCCGCUGUUGACCAUGAAACAUAAUUUUUAUUUAUUGUUGUUCUUAGCUUUUGUGUCAGUUGAACUGUCUCAACAACAUGGAGUUAAAGGAGGCAGUUUCAGUGGCAGUUUUAGCACUUCAUCGGCAGCAUCACAAUCAUCAUCUUUUAGCAGUUCAAGUUCAGGUUCAUUUUCUGGUACCGGUUCUUUGAACGAAAUUGGUGCUGGUUUGAAGGAUUUGGUUGGAAAUUUAGCCCACGCAGGUGCUGCGUCAGGUUCUGUGGGUGGUGGAGUCGGUUUUACGGGUUCCAAAGCAACUUCUGGAGUUUCCGGUGGCUCUACCGGCGGUUUAAGUGGUGGUGGAGGUGCUGUUAGCGGAAGUGGAAGUUUCGCGGGAAGUUUUGGGGGCUCAACUGGAGGAAGUUCUUGUGGACUGACAAAUAAGAACUGUGGUUCCGGUUCCGGUUCCGGACAGAAUGUUUUGAGUGGAAGUACUGGAGGUUCCGGUGGAAGUGGUCUUGGAGUUGGUGGCGGCGUGGGAGUUGGGCCUAACGUUGACGUUGGAAGUGCUGGCCCUGGAAGUCCUGGUGGAGUUACUUGUGCUUUAGGAGAUAAUAAAUGUUCAAGUUCAAGUGGUACUACCACUGGUGAAGUUAGUACUGUAACAUCUAGUGCUUCUGGCACAACAGGUGGAGAAGUUUUGAAAGGACUUUCCGGUAAAGAUGAAGGGCCUAAUAGAUCUGUUCCUGAAAGUACUGGUGAUAAUAAUGCCAUAAGUGGUUCUACUGGACUUACUGGGAGUUUUGGAGGAAAUUCAAAUGCUCAACUUUUACCAUUAAAUCCAUCUAAUGGAGGAAGUACUUUUGGCCAGUCAGGCAGUUACGGCGGAACUACCAGUACUAGUUCUUCCGGAAAUUACAACAAGCCAAGUGGAGGGUACGUCCCCAUUCCUACAUAUCCUGCUCAACCGUCGGUACCUUCAGGUGGAUAUGGUCCUGGUUCUAGUUUUGUAAAACCGUCAACACCAACGUAUUAUCCUGUCAAACCUUGCGGAAGUUAUGGAGGGACUGGAUGCGGGACAUCGGGAUCUUUUGGAGGAACUGGAAGUUUUGGAACACCUGGAUCUGCUUCUUAUCCUGUAACAACUGGAACUGGAAGUUAUAAAAAACCUUGUUGUAAAGGGCCAUUUCCUGGACCUAAUGGAAGUAUUCACCAGAGUAAACCUGCUAAUUCUGUACCUCCAGUACCUGGCGUUGGGGGUUCAUAUCCAAGUUCUGGAGUAACAGGAGGUGCUGGAUUUGGUGGAAGUAUUAGUAAUAUAAAACCAACAUUUCCUGGACCUAGUGGAAGCAUUCAUGAAAGUAAACCAGCACAUUUCGUUCCUCCAAUUCCUGUACACCAUGGAGGUGCUCCUAACUAUCCUACAGGUUCGCACGUAACUGGGGGCAACUAUCCAACAGGAUCACACGUAACUGGGGGCAACUAUCCAACAGGAUCCCACGUAACUGGUGGUGGUUAUGGUACAGGAACUCAUCAAGUAACUGGAAAUUAUAAUGGUCAUGUUCCUACACCAAGUCAUCCUGGUGGAUCUAAAGGAACAUGUUGCAAGGGACCUUUUCCAGGACCUAAUGGAAGUAUCCAUCAAAGUAUUCCAGUAUCCUCCGUUCCUUCAGUUGGUACUACUGGAAGCCAGUAUACAGGAUCUUUGCCUGCAUCUGUUGGAAGCAUUUCCGCUAAUAUUCCCUCAACUUCUAUUACUUCUACAAUAAAUACCGGAUCUCAAGCAACUACUCAAUCCGGAAUUUCUGGUUGGAGCAAAGAUUAUGCUACAGGUAAUGGAUAUACACACUAUUACACUAUACCAAAACCUUCUGUACAUCUACACCCACCAGUCAGUGGAACAGUUUACACAAAACAAGUUACUGGUCAUGGCUACCAACCGUUAAAUCCCGAUUUCAUCUUCGUAGGAAAAACAAAUUUAGAAACUUCUGGAUCUCCAGCUGCUACAGAAGGGUCAGGCUUUGCAACGGGAAGCAUUUCUAUUCAAAAACCUGAUGGAGCUUUAAAAAUACCAAAAAUUGAGUCCGAAAAAGACAAAAUAUCUGGAACGCCUAGUUCUGGUUCUGGAAUUGCGACUGGUAGCGUAUUUGUGCAAAAACCUGAUGAAACUCAAAAUACAGGAGACGAUAAACCUUCUGGAUCGUUUGGUGUUUCCGGAACGUCAACAAGUGUAUCAUCUUCUGAUGCCAGUUUUACAAGCCCACCUGUUGUAACUGAAAAACCUGAAACAAGUUCUUCUGGUAGUUAUGGUUCUUCUAUUUCCGGUACUGGAAGUAAAUCUGCUAGUGGUUUUGCAACUGGAAAUGUUGAAAUAACAAAAUCUGAUGGGACGAUUACCGGAGGGAAAGAUUUACCUAGUGGCAGCACAGACGCAAAACCUUCAACAGGUUUAGGUUAUGGAAGUGACAAGUCAAGUUCUGGAAGCAAUGGUUUUGCUACCGGAAAUGUUCAAGUUUUUAAACACGAUGGUUCAGUUACUGGGGAUAUUAUCGGAACAAAACCUGCAGUUGGUGGUUCCGGAUUAGGUUUCUCUGGAAGUUAUGGAGGCUCAAUAUCUGGUUCUGGAAGCAAAUCUGAUGGUGGUUUUGCAACUGGAAAUGUUGAAGUUUUUAAACCCGAUGGUACUGUCACUGGAGGAAAUGAUUUACUUGGAGUAACAAAGCCUGUGGCGAGUGAUUCUGGUACUUACAGCACAAACUCCGGAGUCGAUAGUUUUGCAACGGGUAAUGUCCAAAUUUUGAAACCUGAUGGAACAAUAAACGGAGGAAAAAAUGUACCUGCUGGCAGCACCGAAAUAAAACCUGCAAUAAGUGGUUCAAGUUCUUACGGAAGUGCGAACACCGGAGCUAACGGUUUUGCCACCGGUGAUGUUCAAAUUUUUAAACCCGACGGUACGAUUACUGGAGGGAAAGAUAUAUCUUCCGGUGGUAGCUCUGGUGGUUCUUACGCAGGAAGUGACUCUUUUGGGUCAUCUGGAAAUUGCGGUUCUGGAAUUUGCUACGGAAGUGUUAAGAGUCCAGUUGAGGGAUCAGCCGGAAGUGGGAACUUUGGUGGCGUUGCAGGAUCACAUAGCGGUGCUGGAGCUUUUGCAGCAUCAGGUUCUUUCGGUGGCGUGAAAGGAGGAAGUUAUAGUACAGGAACAGGUUUUUCAGGAUUGCUAGGAAAUUUGUUUGGGAAACAUGGUUUAGGUGGGAAUCUAGGUGUGUCAGGAUCGGGGUCUUUUGCCAAAUCCCAUUCAUUUGCAGGAAGUUCAAGUUUUGCAGGCGCUAGCUCUGGCUCAUAUGCAGGACAUUAUUAAUAAUAACUCCUAUUUAAUUUUAUUUUUUAUCUGUGAAUAUUAUUUUUAUAAGUAACUUUAUAUUGUAUGUGAUUUUUUUAAUAAACAUAAUAAUUUUUAA